GCGUAUCAUGUGCUUUGUCAUGUGACGGUAAACAGGAAUUGAGUUGAAAAGCAAGCUAGCUCCACUUAAGCUUGCAAACUACACUAUUUAAUUGUUUUACCUUUAAGGGUAUCCCAAUUGCAGAGGUACUUUGUUGUAGACUCAGCCACCAUGGUGGAUUUCCUAGCGGAGAACAAUCUGUGUGGCCAAGCCGUGCUGAGGAUCGUGUCCCGGGGAAACGCUAUUAUUGCCGAACUCCUCCGGCUCUCUGAGUUCAUACCUGCUGUCUUCAGACUCAAAGACAAGAGCGACCAGCAGAAAUAUGGUGACAUUAUCAGUGACUUCAGCUAUUUCAAGGGUCCAGAGUAUUAUGAGAGUAAGCUGGAAGCCAAACCCGAGCUCCAGGAUCUGGAUGAAGAGUUCAGGGAGAACAACAUUGAGAUACUGUCCCGGUUUUACCUGGCAUUUGAAAGUGUCCACAAGUAUACAGUGGAUCUGAUCAGAUACCUGGAUGAUCUACAUGAAGGUGUUUACAUUCAGCAGACUCUGGAAACAGUGCUACUCAACGAGGAUGGAAAACAGCUUUUGUGCGAGGCCUUGUAUCUCUAUGGCGUCAUGCUGUUAGUCAUUGACCAGAAGAUCGAGGGUGAAGUCAGAGAGAGGAUGCUUGUGUCCUAUUACAGAUACAGUGCCGCCCGUUCCUCUGCAGACUCAAACCUGGAUGAUAUAUGUAAGCUGCUGCGUAGUACCGGGUACUCCAGUCAGGCCGGGGCCAAACGUCCAGCCAACUACCCAGAGAGCUAUUUCCAGAGAGUGCCCAUCAGCCCCACCUUUGUCAGCAUGGUGAUCGGAAGACUACGCUCUGAUGACAUCUAUAAUCAGGUUUCUGCCUACCCUCUGCCAGAGCAUCGGAGCACGGCGUUGGCCAACCAGGCGGCCAUGCUCUACGUCUGCCUCUACUUCACCCCCUCCAUCCUUCACACUCAGCAGGCCAAGAUGAGAGAGAUCGUGGACAAGUACUUUCCUGACAACUGGGUCAUUAGCAUCUACAUGGGGAUCACUGUGAACCUGGUUGAGGCCUGGGAACCGUACAAAGCUGCCAAGAUAGCCCUCAACUAUACCCUGGACACAGCCAACAUCAGAGAGCAGGCCAGUCGUUAUUCGGCCAGCGUGGACAGCCUGAGGCCCCAGAUCCAUCAGCUUCUGAAGGAGGGCUUCCUGAGAGAGGAAAUAGUCCUGGACAACAUUCCCAAGCUGCUGAACUGUUUACGGGACUGCAACGUGGCAAUACGCUGGCUGAUGCUCCACACUGCAGAAUCUGCUUACGACCCCAACAACAAGCGACUGCGUCAGAUCAAAGAUCAGGUGAUCGCUGACUCCAAGUACAACCCCAAGAUCCUGUUCCAGUUGCUGUUGGACACGGCCCAGUUCGAGUUCACCCUGAAGGAAAUGUUCAAGCAGAUGUUGUCGGAGAAGCAGCCCAAAUGGGAGAGCUACCGGACUGAGGGCUCUGAGAGGAUGACCGAACUGGCGGAGGUGUUCUCCGGGGUCAAGCCUUUGACCCGGGUGGAGAAGAACGAGAACCUGCAGGCAUGGUUCAGGGAGAUCUCUAAGCAGAUACAGUCACUGAACUACGAGGAUUCCACCGCAGCCGGCAGGAAGACUGUCCAGCUCAUACAGGCACUUGUGGAGGUCCAAGAGUUCCACCAGUUGGAGUCCAAUCUACAGGUGUGUCAGUUCCUGGCUGAUACUAGGAAAUUCCUUCACCAGAUGAUUAGAACCAUUAACAUCAAGGAGGAGGUUCUCAUCACCAUGCAGAUUGUUGGAGACCUCUCCUACGCUUGGCAAAUCAUCGACAGCUUCACUUCCAUCAUGCAGGAGAGCAUCAGGGUGAAUCCCUCCAUGGUGACCAAACUGAGGGCCACGUUUUUGAAGUUGGCAUCUGCCCUGGACCUGCCUCUGCUGCGUAUCAACCAGGCCAACAGCCCGGACCUGCUCAGCGUCUCACAGUUCUACUCUGGAGAGCUGGUGGCAUAUGUCCGGAAGGUGUUGCAGAUCAUCCCAGAGAGCAUGUUCACCUCGCUGGCUAAGAUCAUCAAGCUUCAGAUCCACGACAUCAUGGAGGUUCCUACCAGGUUGGACAAGGACAAGCUGAAGGACUUCGCUCAGCUUGGGGCUCGCUACGAGGUUGCCAAACUCACCCACGCCAUCUCAAUCUUCACCGAAGGGAUUCUGAUGAUGAAGACCACACUCGUAGGAAUUAUAAAGGUGGAUCCGAAGCAGCUCCUGGAAGAUGGCAUCAGGAAGGAGCUUGUGAGGAGAGUAGCCUAUGCUCUGCACAAAGGACUCAUCUUUAACCCCAAAGCCAAGACUAGUGAGCUGAUGCCCAAAUUGAAGGAGAUGGCCGCCACCAUGGAUGGGUUCUACCGCUCGUUUGAGUACAUCCAGGACUACGUGUCAAUCUAUGGCCUGAAGAUCUGGCAGGAAGAGGUCUCGCGCAUCAUCAACUACAACGUGGAGCAGGAGUGUAACAGCUUCCUGCGCACCAAGAUCCAGGACUGGCAGAGUGUUUACCAGUCGACCCACAUCCCAAUCCCCAAAUUCCCCUCGGUCGACGAGUCGGCCACCUUCAUAGGGCGACUCUGUAGGGAGAUCCUCCGCAUCACAGACCCAAAGGUGACAUGCUACAUUGACCAGCUGAACACCUGGUACGACCUGAAGAACCACCAGGAGGUGACCAAUAACCGCCUGUUCUCCGAGAUACAGGACACCCUGGGAACCUUUGGACUCAACGGCCUGGACAGGCUCCUCUGCUUUAUGAUCGUCAAAGAGCUGCAGAAUUUCCUGAACGUCCUUCAGAAGACCAUUCUGCGGGACAAGGCAGUAGUGGAUGUGUUUAAAGCCAUGCUGAGUGCCGUCAAUCCAGUCAAAGGCAUCGUGGGAAAUGCCAGUAAAGUCUACGCCAGUGCUGUUGCCAAAACCCAGAAGAUCUGGGGGCCGUACCUGGAGUCAAUCAUGAAGGUUGGGCAGAUGCAGAUCCUAAGGCAGCAGAUAGCCAACCAGCUGAACUACUCCUGCAGGUUUGACUCCAAACAUCUCGCUGCUGCUCUGGAAAACCUCAACAAGUCUCUGUUGGCUGAUAUUGAAGCGCACUACCAGGACCCCAGCCUUCCGUAUCCCAAGGAAGACAACAACCUGCUCUACGAGAUCACAGCCUCUCUGGAGGCUGCAGGCAUACAUAACCCACUCAACAAGAUCUAUAUCACAACCAAGCGCUUGCCUUACUUCCCUAUUGUCAACUUCCUCUUCGUUAUCACUCAGCUGCCAAAGGUGCAAUACAGCAAAAACCAAGGAAUGACGUGCAGGAAAGCCACAGACCCUGUUGACUGGCCUCCUCUGGUAAUGGGGCUGUUGACCUUACUCAAGCAGUUUCAUUCCAGAUACACAGAGCAGUUCCUGGCUCUCAUUGGACAGUUCAUACGCUCAGUCAUGGAACAGUGUACCAGUCAGAAGAUCCCGGACAUGCCGUCCGACGUGGUGGGUGCGCUGAUGUUUCUAGAAGAUUAUGUUCGCUACACCAAGCUGCCUCGCAAGGUUGCAGAGGCACAUGUGCCAAGUUUCAUCUUUGACGAGUUCAGGACAGUUCUGUGAAGAUCGGGAUAAGGGCCUAUUCAUUUCAUUUUUGAUCUUCUUUAAUUAAUGACCAAUAAUGUCUUAAUGCACUAAUAACACUGUAAAUAGUAGAAUGUUUUUUUUUUAAAUGACCAUGUGUUGCCAACUUUGUAUACUGUCACUGUGGUACUAUAUGUAAAAGAAAUGCAAAAGAGAUUGAAUAAAUAUGAGAGGAUGAGGGCACUGAUGAAGACACACAGGGUCCCCUCACUACAAAAUG